AUGGGCUUCUGGAAGUUCUCCACCUUUCUGCCUCUCAGCAUCUUGGUCCUGUACCAGGCGGGCAUCCUCCAGGCAGCGUCAUUGGGGGACAUGUUGGAGAGCCUCCAAGACCCUACUAUACUUGCUGAAGAGGAAACACAACUCCUACUGGCUGGUCUGGUGAAGGAAUAUAUGCGGUUGAAGGCACUGCAGCAGGAGACAGAGGGCUACAGAGUCCCUGCCCAGAAGGGAUCCUGCAACACUGCCACCUGUGUGACCCAAUGGCUGGCAGGCUUGCUGAGCAGUUCUGGGGGUGGGGAGAAGAGCAACUUUGUGCCCACCAACGUGGCCCCUAAAUCCUCUGGCUGUCGCCGCAGGGACCUUCAGGCCUGA